UCAAGCAGUACAGAUCAUAGUGCUAGUUAAAUUUAAGCGCGGAAUUGGAACCCUUCCAUCGAUCAGAAUGGUUUCGAAUAGGCAUUUCCGAGUCAUGGGCUUCAUUUACGCUGGAUUGUGUCUUGCCGGAUCGUUUCUGUUGAUCAUCAAUGCUAGUAACACAGUGAAAUCGAUAAAUCGUAACACUAACCGUGACUAUGUUAGCGGCUCCAGUAUUGCAGUACUCAUACUUUCAUUGAUCUCGCUGGUUUUCGAUGUUUUUCUCACAUUCGGUAUGAUAAUGCAUCGCGUAGAUUUUAUCAGAUACCAUUUACGUUUUAUUUCCACGAUUUAUGUGAUGGUACUUCUUGGACUAUUCAUUGGAUGUAUCAGUGGUGGGAUUGCGCUGGGAAACAUGCCUUCGAUUGAUGCUAAUAUACCCAGUGCAGCAGCCAUCGCCAUGACAUUGGUGGUUAUGAUAGUGAUAACAUUUGUGACUUUGCAAUUCACGUUGAUCGCUUGGAUACUCAACGGUGUAAUUGAUGUCAUAUCAGAGGAUAGGAUGCGAUUGAUUUCACAUAAUGGGGAUGCAAUUGCGUAAAUCAGCAUUUGUCAUAAAUAUGCUUUUCCUGACAGGGAGACUUUUAACUAUUCGUACUAAAAAAUAGUUCUCUAACAACAUUCAUGGUGUAAAAGCAUUUUUUGUUUGAAACCGGUCAGGAACAAAAAUGUACUUCUAUUGAAACCUGUCUCUUUGUGUUUGUACUUUAUAUUUUGGUUUAGUUAAAAAACACCUUGUUAUCAAUACACACCAAAUAAAACUACGAAUUUUGAAUCUGCACAUUUAUAAAAUGGCAACGAUGAUUAGAGUUACUACAUACAUCUAAAUUUUGU